AUGAGUAAUAUUGCCCAGGAAAACCAAAUGAAGCUAAAUUACUUAACAGUAAUAGACAAUACUGUGGCGCAAAAGAUGAUUGCAAAUGCUUACGCUUUCUUCAAAAAUAAAAAUCUAUGCUUGGGAUCGCCAGCUGAGGUCAACAAAUCGUGCAGUUGGAGAUACAUUAUAAUCAAUGCUGGUAACGAAGAAGGAUUUGUAGAAAAUGCUUCUCUUAUAUUUAAAAGUAAAAACAACACUCUGGAUUAUCAUCACGAAAUGAACGCUGAAAAUUUUGAAAAGUGGCUGCAAAACGAUUUGUUACCAAAACUGGAAGAACCUAGUAUAAUAGUCUUAGACAACGCCAGUUACCAUAGUCGACUUGAAGAAAAGCGCCCUACAACGGCGUGGAAAAAAGUUGAUCUUCAAUUGUGGCUGCAAAAGAACUGUAUCGCAUUUUCAGAGUUGCAUAAAAAAGAUACACUGUUAAAGCUAUGUAAAGCUCAUUAUAAAAAUCCAGUGUAUCUAGUAGACAAUAUUAUUACUGCAGCUGGUCAUGAUGUUUUACGUUUGCCUCCAUACCAUUGUAUAUUUAAUCCCAUAGAAAUGGUAUGGAGUCAAGCAAAACGUUUCUACGACAAAGACGUUUUAAAAUCUAAAAACCCGCUUAAUGCCUGGAACCGAGCCCUACAAAAUGUAACACCGAAACAGUGGAAAAGCUAUGUUAAACACACAGAAAAUGUCAUUAAAACCUAUUGGAACAAAGAAAAGUUUGUAAAAGUUGUUACGAUUUUUUUUGGAGUCGAGGGUGAAAGGGGCUUAGACGAAGUCUCGCUCGAUGGUUUUAAUCGGUCGUAG